GUAGUGGGCAAUGGUGCGGGAGUGUUUUAUCCAGCUUUCUCUGAUCUGCUGAUCUCCUUACCGCUUUCUCUAGAUGAGUCCUGGCCAGUUCGAUGUUCUUGGUGUGUUGAUACAACACCGAGCCGAGCUGGAGAUGUGUCCGGGCCUCUAUCCUCUGGGUCGGUUUGAACUGAAACACGGCUUUCAAACAAUGGACACAUAAACGAAUCUUAGGCGGACUCGACGUGCGAAAGUGCUCUGCAAAUCCUAGUAGGGCCAGGUACCAGGACUCCGGGGCUUCUGUGGCUGUCGCCAUUUUAAUGGUCUGACAACAAAACAACAACAAACCUUGAGGAAAAUGGUUAAAUUUUUUGUCGAGGUCGUCUGUUAGCCGGGCAUAUCCGGUCCAGUAUUUUCAGAAUUAAAGCCAAUAUUAAUGCCACCAACCAUGCUUAAUAUACAAUAUUUAUAACCAAAUUGAGAUUUAUCUAAUAUUGAGAUCAGCGAUACUGUUAUUUGACUGGUUUAUCUAGUAUAAAAUGAAAAAAAUGGAAUUGCAUGUAAUGGUUGUGGAACGUUUUGAUCGAAUAAUAGGAAGCCGGACAUAUUUGAAAGCGGGACAUAUGUACGGCACUUGAUAUUCAGGAAACGCAACUGCGUGUAUUCCCCAUGGUGUAUAUUCACACCCAUGUUACGAGUUAUCUGUCUUAGCUAGGUAGUAUGGGGACAACCGACUCCGCUUAUGACAGAUGUUCUGACUUAUUUUGGGUUAUUCUAUUCGGAUCGUUGCUAUCCCCCCGUUAUUACAGUUUAACCCGAGCUGUAAUGAGCAGAGCUGAACACCGAUAACUUUAUAUUCUGGCCUUUCAUAUCUUGCGCCAAUAUCUUAACUGGCGGCGCCAACGUUUACUCGAAGUCAUUGUUACUGCCAGGUUUGAGGUCCACUGUUUGUGGUGUAUAACAUCGGUGAACAUUCUCACCAGGUUAAAAUAACAGUCUAAAAUAUAACUAAACGCUGUGACCAUGGCAAGACGUAGGAUCACACAGGAAACCUUCGAUGCGGUGGUCAAAGAAAACAUGGAUGAUUUCGAGAUGGAUCCUGAUGAUGCUUUGAAGGAUGCUGUGGAGCAGUUUGAUUCUCAAGGUGUGGAUCUCACCUGCAUUGUCAAAGCUGUACCAGUUACAUCUGAAGACAAACAAGGGGACCAAAUGCAAGUUCACGAAGUCUUACAGGCACUGGACGCCUUAAAAAACACUGGUGACAUAACAACCAUUACCGCAGAGAGCGAGAUCAUUUCCGACCUAAAACGCUUCACAGAGCAGUGUUCCAUUGGAUUUGCCCAGCGGCACCUGGCUUCUACGAAAGAUGCAUAUCCUGUCAUCCUUUCCUGCUGCAAAAGGAGUUUAGAGGACAAGGAAGGUGUAAUAGCUUCUCUCUCUGCCCUGUCUGCACUGACCAAUGGACAGCCGGACUUGUUAAACGCAGAGGGUCAAACCCUUCUCAUACUGAUCCUAAACAAGUAUCGAGAAGACCCCGCCGUUACGUCUAUUGGCUUUCGCACAAUACGUCACUGCUGCUUGAAGCAUGAGCAGAACAGGCAAGAUUUGGUGAAAGGGGGAGUGCUUCCUCUGCUUACCGGCGCCAUCAGCCGUAACACAGAAUGCGGCGAGCUGGUCAAAGAGGCCUGCGCCACUCUCCGGUACAUGACCUUCGAUGAUGAUAUCAGAGUUGCGUUCGGGAACGCCCACGAGCAUGCCAAGAUGAUUGUUCAGGACCACAACGCAUUGAAGAUCAUAACUGCAGCUGCUAAAGCUCAUGUGGAUAAUUUCUCUGUGCUGAGUGAAUUGUGCGCUACUUUGUCCCGACUGGCUGUGAGGAAUGAAUAUUGUCAAGACAUCUGUGAUUUGGGAGGACUAAAAUUCAUGAUGACUCUGCUUGUAGACAGCUAUGAGUCCCAGGAGCUGGUCCGUCAGGUUUUCUGCGCGUUAAAGGCAAUCGCCGGGAACGACGAUGUCAAAGACGCCGUGGUGAACGCGGGUGGAGUCCCGCUCAUCGUCAUCGCCAUGAACAGACAUAUGGGCAACCCACAUGUGUGUGAGCAGGGCAGUGCCUGUCUCUCGGUCCUGGCCUUGCGUAAGCCCAAAAACUGCACAGUCAUCAUGGAGAACGGAGGUACUCUUGCAGCGGUCCAGUGUAUGAGGACGCACCCGGAUGUGGUUAAUGUGCAGAGACAGGCGUGUAUGCUUUUGAGGAACCUGGUGAGCAGCAUGGAACACUUCUGCCAACCCAUCCUGGCGAUGGGUGCCCAGCCGCUGAUAGCCCAGGCGCUGCAGACCCACGGAGACCUCGGGGAUGUGUUCAAAGCGGCCCUCCGAGACCUGGGCUGUGAGGUGGAGCUCAAAGAGCUGUGGACGGGCAAGAAGGGCAGCCUCACAUACUGAAGAAGAGCCUUCCA